AUGGAAAUCUCUUUUGAUUUCGACCUCAAACUAAUUCAUUAAAUAGGUCAUGGAGCAUUUAGUUAAGUAUUUCUAGGAGAAUACGAUUCCAAAAAAGUAGCUAUUAAAGUAAUGGAUCCCUGUUACAUUGAAUAAUUUAAAAAAGAAGUUGAAAUUUUAGAAUCCAUCCAUCAUCAAAAUUUUGCUUAAUACUAUUUUAGUAAAGAAGGUGAAAGUUCUUUAUAUAUUGUCUAAGAAUUCUUGGAAGGCAAAACACUGACAUAGUUGAUUAAAACUGUUGAAAUGGAAGAAGCACAUGUAAAACAAAUCAUCACCGAAUUACUUAAUGCAGUAUCUUAUCUGCAUUCCCAAGAUAUUAUCCAUCGAGAUAUCAAACCAGAUAAUAUAAUUAUUACGACUGAAGGAUAACUCAAACUCAUCGAUUUCGGUCUUAGUUCCCAUUCAGAAUCUAAAUUAUCUUAUGAUAAAUGCGGAACUCUGCUGUUUAUGGCCCCUGAAAUGAUUUUUAAACAACCUUAUCUUAAAUCUGUUGAUAUCUGGAGCUGUGGAAUUAUUGCUUACUAGUUGAUCAACAAGAAACACCCCUUUUGGGAUCCAUUAGAAUCUACUUCAACUUUCAUUUAAAGAGUUCAAUAAUUCAACCCUAAUUUCUCUGGGAUGAAUGAAUACCAAAGAUCUUUCUUUUUAAAAUGUGCUGCUUAUUCGCCUGAAGCUAGAAUGAAUGCCACUCAGGCUUUACAACAUCCAUGGCUAUCAGGCAAAGGAGAAUUAUGGUAACCAAUCACAAUGGCUGAUAUGAAAACACUUUUUGAUAAUAAAAUGAAGACCAUUUAUUAUAUUAAAACUCUGAUGAUGAUGAAAUUUUUAUGCCAAGAAGUUUGGAACUAUAAUGUUACCAAGUGA